AUGGCCGAGGCAAUUCUCUUUGACACUGCUGCGAGUAUCGGUAAGAGUUUGGGCCCUCUGGCUCUCCAAGAGAUUGGGCUGCUAUGGGGUUUCAAAGAUGAGCUUCAGAAGCUCGAAAAUACGGUUUCCACUAUCCAAGCUGUGCUUUUGGAUGCAGAGGAGCAGCAGUCCCAGAACCAUGCGGUCAAAGAUUGGCUUGAGAAGCUCAAGGAUGCCAUGUACGAAGCCGACGACUUGCUGGAUGACUACUCCACUCAACUUUUACGCCAACAAGUGAUGACACGGGAUAAGAAGAUGGCAAAACAGGUAUGCAUAUUUUUUUCCGAAUCAAACCAGCUUGCAUAUGGCUUUAAAAUGGGUCACAGGAUAAAGCAAGUUCGAAAGAGACUGGAUGAAGUCGCAGCUGAUAGGAUCAAAUUUGGCUUCACUGAGCGCCUCAUAGGGACACAAUUUUUGUGUAGGAAAAGAGAAGAUACACACUCUUUUGUACGUGAGGAAGAAGUCAUUGGAAGAGAGGGUGAAAAGAAGGCUAUUAAAGAGCAGUUAUUCCAUUCCAAUGUGAAAGAUAAUGUUUCCAUCAUUCCCAUAGUUGGAAUUGGUGGACAAGGAAAGACCACGCUUGCUCAGUAUGUGUACAAUGACGAGGAGGUCCAAAGGCAUUUUGACUUAAGAAUGUGGGUGUGUGUCUCUGAUCCUUUUGACGUGAAAACUAUUGUUCAAAAGAUCAUAGAAUGUGCAACUAAAAGGAGACCCGAAAGCCUUGAGAUGGAUUUGUUGCAAAGUCAGCUUCGAGCAGAACUUGAUCGGAUGAGAUAUUUACUUGUUCUAGACGAUGUAUGGAAUGAGAAUCCAAAUAGAUGGUUCAAUUUGAAAAAUCUGUUGGUGGGUGGCUUGAGGGGAAGCAAAGUUUUGAUUACUACACGUAGCCAAACAGUUGCAGAGAUUACAGGCACGGUGUCACCAUAUCUUUUAGAAGGUCUAUCUGCAAACAAUUCUUGGAAUUUAUUUAAGAAAGUGGCAUUUAAAGACGGGGAAGAGCUAAGGAAUCCAAAACUAGUAGAAAUCGGAAGGGAGAUUGUACGAAGGUGUGCACAAGUUCCUCUUGCUUUAAGGAGCAUAGGGAGUAUGUUAUACUUCAAAAAUUCGGAGGAAGAUUGGUUGUACUUUAAAAACAAUGAACUUUACAAAAUAACAAAACAAGACAGUGAUAUUUUCCCAAUACUUAAGUUGAGUUAUGAUCACCUCCCGUCACAAUUGAAGCAAUGUUUUGCCUUUUGUUCUUUGUUUCCAAAAGAUCAUGAAAUUGGUGUGAAGUUGUUGAUUCAGCUAUGGAUAGCUCAAGGCUUUAUUCAUUCAUUAGAUAGAAACAGACGUCUUGAAGAUAUUGGUAACGAGUAUUUUAUGGAUUUGCUUUGGAGGUCAUUUUUCCAAGACAUACAAAGAAAUGCAUAUGGUGAUAUAGAAAGAUGCAAAAUGCAUGACCUGAUUCACGAUCUUGCAGAGUUAGUAGCAGGGGAUGAGUGCAUCAUUUCAAAUCCAAAUGCAGAAAAAGUAGUUGAAAGAACUCACCAUGUGGCAUUUAAUUCUCUAGAUUCAUUACGGGAUAUUCCACCUCUUUUGCUCAAGGCUGACAAAAUGAGAACACUUCUUCUGCAAAUUCCUACACUUCAACCAUUUGAUGAAUAUUAUUAUAGAAACAUUGCAGUAUUUGAGUUGAGUAAGCCAAUCUUUGAUACACUUAUUUCAAGUUUUAAAUGCUUGCGUGCUUUGAAUUUAAGUUCUUUAAGCAUUCAAAAAGUGCCGAAUUCCAUUGGCAAGUUAAAGCAUUUAAGAUAUCUUGAUCUUUCUAGGAACGAUGAUAUCAAACUACUCCCCACUUCUAUAACUAAAUUGCAGAAUUUGCAAACACUAAAACUUGACAAUUGUAGUGGGCUUAAAGAAUUGCCAAAAGACACUAGAAACUUGAUUAGCCUUAGACAUCUUGCGAUUCAUGGGUGUGACAGCAUGACUCAUAUGCCAAAUGAACUAGGAAAGUUGACUGCUCUCCAGACACUAACGCUUUACAGUUUAGGGAAGAAGAAAAGGUACUUUCCAAAGCAAAAGCGUGGGCUAGGCAACCUGGAUAGUUUAGAUGAAUUGAGAGGAGAAUUACAUAUCAAAGGUUUAGAGCACUUAAGAUCUUCUCCAUUAGAAGCCAAGGCUGCAAACUUGGCAAGGAAGCAAUACCUUCGAUGUCUGGAAUUAGAGUGGGACCUAGAAGCUGGUAAUGAUAGUGAUAAGGUGCUAGGUUAUCUAGCUGGGUAUCCUCACUCUCAAAUUUGGUUUCUAUUGUCUUAUGGGAUUGUAAAUGGUGCCAACAUAUCCCACCAUUGGAUCGAUUCCCUUUUCUCAAGCAUCUCUAUCUUCACAACUUAA